UUCCUUUCCUUCUCCACGCCGACACGCGCGCAGCGAGCAUCGCAACAUGGCCAACCACGGCGCCGCCGCCGCUCUUCUGAUCGCGUCCCUCCUCGUGUCCGUCGCCCUCGCCGGCGCCGCCGGCGCGCGCAGGCCUCUCAACGCGAGGAUCGCGGUGAAUCGCGACGCGUCUCGAGCUUACGUGGUGAAGCAGCAGGAAGAUGCCGCGGCGGCGGUGCCGUCGCUGAGCUGCAGCAAGGUGCACGGGGUGCAGGAGGAGGAGACGUGCUUCUCCGUGGCGCAGGGCGCGGGGCUGACCCAGGACGACUUCCUCGGCUUCAACCCCAACAUCAACUGCGCGAAGGUCUUCGUCGGCCAGUGGGUCUGCCUUGCGGCCACUGCCGGCGGCGCCUGACGAUGACUUUGUGACGAUAUCUCUCGUCCUCUGCGUACCACGCCAUCGAGCUAUGCCUACGAAUAAUGAGGAGGUUAAUUUCUCUUGUGUUUUACCUCCAUAAGCAGCAGCCGAAUGCUAUGCUAAUUGAGGUUGGCGGCUGUGCCUCGCUUUAUUUCCUGUGUUUCUGGGGUGACGCAUGUGUCACUCUGCCGUCUGCAACAGAUUUUAAUUUGCAUGGAAAUGUGGUUCCAUUCCAUCAGUUGUCUUGUGUGUUUCGUUCUGACGUCGUGUGCCGUGUGCGUGUGCUCGCUCUUAAUUUCUUCCAUCGUGUAUGCCCAGCAUUAUUACACCAAAAUGUUGGA